AUGGCUGAAGCAACUGUUUCCUUUGCCUUAGAGCAACUGGGUUCAAUUCUUUUUCGGAAGACGUCUGGCUUCAUCAUAAAACUGGUGUGCCUUGUUGGGGAUGUUGAAAAGGAAGUAGACAAGCUUACCCACAAUCUUCGAGCCAUUCAAGCUGUGCUAGUUGAUGCAGAGCAAAAACAAAUGAAGGAAGAAGCUGUAAGAGUAUGGUUAUAUCGGCCGAAAGAUGUAUGCUAUGAGGUGGACGAUGUGUUGGAUGAGUGGAAUACUGCAAUCCUGAAAUUGCGAAUUGAGGCAGGUCAUGAUCAUAAUGCUCUUGUUCCUAAGAAGAAGGUGUGUUGCUUCUUUCUAUCUCCUUGGUUUGGUUUAAAAAAAGUUGUUUUACGUCGCAACAUUGCAGUUAAGAUAACUGAUAUAAAUAAAAAGCUAGAUGUUAUAGCCAAAGAGAAAAGUGAUUAUAAUCUUAAUGUGAUUUUGGCUAAUGAGAAACCUGAGAGUCAGCAAAUGCAAACUACUUCUUUUAUUGAUGUGUCUGAUAUAUAUGGCAGAGAUAAUGAGAAGAAUAAUUUAGUAAGCAAGUUAUUGUGUGAGGGUAGUGAACAAAACCUCCAUAUUAUCUCGCUUGUAGGGAUGGGGGGAAUUGGAAAAACAACUUUGGCUCAAUUUGCCUACAAUAACAAUGACGUGAAGAACAAUUUUGAUAAAAGAAUAUGGGUGUGUGUAUUAGAACCUUUUGAUGAGUUUAGGAUUGCCAAAGCAAUCAUUGAGUCUCUUGAAGGUCAUACUCCUAAUGUAGGAGAACUAGAAUCUCUUCUUCAACGUAUUUGUGACUCUAUCGAGAAUAAAAAAUUUCUGCUUAUUUUAGAUGAUAUGUGGACCGAAGAUUACAAGAAAUGGGAACCAUUCUAUAAUUGUCUAAAAAAGGGUUCUUGUGGAAGUAAAAUUUUAGUUACCACACGUAAAGAGUCAGUUGCACGUAUAUGA